AUGGCACCCACGCGGGUUAUUCUGGACGUGGUGGGAGAUGUGCCGGACUGGAAGGAGGAGUACAAGAAGUUCCUACUCUCUGUAAAAGACUCCGAGGGCUAUUUUCGCUACCGAUGGGGUCCUUGGAAGGAGGACCCUAGUAAAUUGGAAAUAAUGGCUACGUGGGCCCCUCUCGAGACGCGUGCGGCCUUUGGAAAGUCUCCGCAGCACCAGAAAGCAAUCGAGGCACUGAAACCAGUUCUUGCCGGACCUAUGCCCACCAAAUGCCCUAGGUUUGAUCUCGACCUGAACACAUUCGUGCCUCCGCCGCCUCAACUCAUCAAUAGCCCUAUAUGUGAGAUUAUCACAGUCCGCCACUGUAACGGUGACCCCAAAGAAAUGGGUGCAACACUCAAAAAGGUAGAGGCUCUGCCAGGUUGCUUUGCCUCUCACUCAGGUAUCGCGGCAACGAACACGCCUGACCAGGGCAAUGUUUGGAUUGGUUUUGUGGGAUGGAGGGACUAUGAGUCGAGCGAGGAGGCUGACAAGUCGGUUUAUAUGCCGCACGGUGUUGGAGAACUUGAGAGUCACCACAUCAACUUCAACUUCCCUAUUAAGGGAUUCUCGGUUACCAACCCUGGUAGAUGA